AUGGAAGAAGCUCUCAGGCGACUUAAUGGUCUCAAUUACUCGUCGGAAUCGGACCCAACUGACAUGUGUACGGAACAGCAGCAGAAGAAAUGCAGCAACAAUAACAACAAAAAAUGUGUGAAAGAGAGUGGUGGAGGCUCCGGCGGUGGUGGGAAUAUGAAGUACAGGGGAGUCCGGCGGCGGCCAUGGGGUCGAUACGCAGCGGAGAUAAGGGACCCACAGUCCAAGGAGAGGCGAUGGCUGGGAACCUUCGACACUGCAGAGGAGGCUGCCUGCGCAUACGACUGCGCUGCUCGUGCCAUGAGAGGCCAAAAGGCUCGCACUAACUUCGUCUACCCUACUUCCCCACCUCAUCCUCAUCAUCAUCACCCCCAACUCUUCCCCUCUCCUUUCGAUUUUCCUCCUAUCCAAUCUUCACCUUCCAUGAAAGACCUUCACGUCCACCAACACGUGACCUUCUCUGAUUGGGAAAUGGGAGCCCCUAGGCCUUCUAUCCAUGACUUACUCGUCGGUUCUUCUUCAUCUUCGAGCUCUGCUCUACCACCACUACCCGAAGCCAAACCCUACUUUGGAAUCCCUCACUCUGUUGGUCCUUGCUCUUUCUCUUCAAAUCCUCCGUUGUCCAUGAAAAGCUCUUCUUUCAAUCAAACCCACGUCGAAGAUCACCAAGGUUCCACUGCUCCCAGUUCUGAUGAUCCUAUGGAUUUCUUUCACUCAGAGCCUGCUCAUUCUGGUUUGCUGGAGGAGAUCGUCAAUGGAUUCUUACCCAAAUCUGGUUCGUCUUUGUCUUCUUCGAUGACCAACUCCAACAAUAACCCUUCUCGUUCAGUGGAUGAUUCAAUGGCGGGGGACUCGGUGAAGCAGUUUGAAAAUGACCAUUUCAAUCUCUAUUUGGAAUACCAAAAUGCACUUGAGGCUCCUCCUUAUUCUGGUGUUUCUCAAUCUUACCGUGAUCAAGCACUUGUGGACAAUCAGGUCUUUUCUGAAGAAAUGAUUCAAGAGUUAAUGCGCAACCCGGAGCUUCUUCAUAUCUUUGCAGCAAAGUUGCAGUCCCAUGAGAACUAGGAAGUCAACUAUAUAUGUAGUUUAGCUUUAAAGAACUUUUUCAUUUUUCUCUGUUUUAGGCUUCUUAUGUGUUUUGUCUUGUAGUAAUUUCUCCUGUUUACAGUUCUACUUUGAAUGGA